CUGGCUGGCUCGCCAUUGCCAUUGCUGAGUGGAAGUGGUGUGGUGCCGGUCGGUCGGUCAGAAUGACUCUGGGUGCUCCUAGCCGCCUUCAGCCCAGUUCUUCGCCCUGAGAGUGCCAGCGGCCCUUCGCAGCACCGCCCCGACCUGUCAGAGUGCCGACGACGCCUUGUCUCUCUUUCUCUCUCGCUGCGCUGUUCGCCGCUCUCGACGUCUCCAAGAGAGUGCUAUUUUCCCACAGCCACUCUACUGCCAAAGGUGUCCCUCGCUGAAAUGUGCUGACUUCAGGGGGCCUCAACUCAAAGGAUUAUCGCAAUAAACCCUUGAUGUACUCGUGAUUUGCCAGUCUGUGAUCAACGCGGUAUCAAUUACUGAAGCAACAAAAUAUAUUUCGUCCUACAAGCCUGGAGGUUCCACAAAAUACGACGUAACGAUGGCAGCUUGUCGAUUUCAGACGGAGCAAUGGGCGAAACAAAACGAGUUUCAAAGCCCAUGAAAAAAUCUGCACGUCAGUCGCAGCAGAACGAAGAAGUUGCCGAAAUACAUCAAACGCCCGACCUGAUACUCGGCGACAACAACGAGGAGGACGAAGAUUACCACUAUUGUCGCGUUGUUGGUGACGAGGAAGGAGUCCUAAGAUCCGUGUCUCAGUCGUCGCACCACCAUCAUGGGCCCCACGGGGUCGACGGGCACCACCGGGAGCUACUCGAGCUAGAGUACGAGGAGGAGAUCCUAGAGCUGUCCGGCUACCACCACAGGCCACCCUCCUUGGUCGGGCAUGUUAACAGCGCGUACACGGGCGGCUUCCUUCCCUUCGGUGAUAGCGCGUCGUCAGUUGCCACUGCCUCUCCGCCCCCGCUGCUGCCCCCCCUGCCCCCAGCCGCGUCGUCAGCCGCGUCCACCCUCGUGUCGGGCCACCAGUUCAGCGAGACCACGUACUAUAAGCUGACUGCUGGCACGCCCCAGUCGACCACCUCGCGCGGCUCCCGUGGCUCCCGCGGCAGCAAUUCUUCCCGCCGCAAAGCCAGUGAUGCGGCGAAGGAAGAAAUUCAAGACGACGACGAAGAAGCCAGCUUGAGGGAGUUACUAAUGAGUGGAGGCAGAAUGGAGUACGGUCUUCAACAGCAAGUCACCGUGAUGAGCAUGAACCUGAGCAGCAAGCUGGACGAGCUGCAGAGCGACCGCCACUUCGAGACGACGGUGGCGCUCUCAGAGAUCCGCACGCAGCUGCAAGAACUGACCAAAUCGGUCGAUUCGUGCCACACUGAGAUCGGACUGGUCAAAACGGACAUGGUCGCCAUCAAGCACGAACUCGACGCCGUGCAGCAAGUCAAGGAGGAGAUCGAGGAGCUAAGGGAGUACGUCGACCGACUCGAGGAGCAGAGCCACAGACGAAAGGCGCUGCUCCUCAGACAGUUAGUCGACAACUGCGCGGGCCUCACGAUGUUUCUCUCGUACGCCAUUUUCGCAGCGGUGCUCGGCAUGCUGCAAUUUGGCUACAACACGGGCGUCAUCAAUGCUCCGGAAUUGAAUAUAGAGAACUUCAUGAAGGAUGUGUACAAAGACCGCUUCGGCGAAGACAUCCCCGAGGAGAAGGUGAAAAUCCUGUACUCAAUAGCAGUGUCAAUAUUCGCCAUCGGCGGCAUGGUCGGUGGUUUCAGCGGCGGCACCAUCGCCAACAGAUUCGGCAGGAAGGGUGGUCUUCUGCUAAACAACUUCCUAGGAAUAGGAGGAGCGUGCCUCAUGGGAGUUACUAAAAUAGCUCAUUCUUACGAAAUUUUAUUUCUUGGACGCUUUAUUAUCGGUGUGAAUUGUGGUCUGAACACCUCGCUAGUGCCGAUGUACAUUUCGGAGAUCGCGCCGCUGAAUCUGCGGGGCGGGCUGGGCACGGUGAACCAGUUGGCGGUCACCGUGGGUCUGCUCAUCUCGCAAGUGCUCGGCGUCGAGCAGAUUCUUGGCACCAACGACGGCUGGCCCGUCCUCCUUGGUUUGGCCAUUUUCCCCGCAAUCCUGCAGCUUAUCCUUCUGCCCGUGUGUCCAGAGUCACCGAGGUACCUUCUUAUUACAAAGCAAUGGGAAGAGGAGGCUAGAAGAGCCCUGCGACGGUUACGUGCCUCAAAUCAAGUAGAGGAGGAUAUCGAAGAGAUGCGGGCUGAGGAGCGCGCUCAACAGACUGAAUCUGCCAUCUCCAUGUCCGAGUUGAUCUGCUCCCCGACGCUGCGCUCGCCUCUGGUCAUCGGGGUGGUGAUGCAGCUGUCGCAACAGCUCUCAGGCAUCAACGCUGUGUUCUAUUACUCGACGGGGCUGUUCAUCAGCUCGGGUCUGUCGGACGAGAGUGCCAAGUUCGCCACGAUAGGAAUAGGCUGUAUCAUGGUGUGCAUGACGCUGGUCUCCAUCCCCCUGAUGGACCGCACCGGCAGACGCACCCUCCACCUCUACGGGCUCGGGGGAAUGUUCAUCAUGUCCAUUUUCAUCACCAUCUCCUUCCUUAUAAAGGAAUUCUUUGGUUAUGUACAGGAAAUGAUCGACUGGAUGUCGUACCUCUCGGUCGUCUCCAUCCUCGGCUUCGUCGUCUUCUUCGCCGUCGGGCCCGGCUCCAUACCCUGGAUGAUCACGGCCGAGCUCUUCUCCCAGGGUCCAAGACCUGCCGCCAUGUCAAUAGCCGUGCUCGUCAACUGGAUGGCCAACUUCCUCGUCGGAAUCCUCUUCCCUACCAUGAAGACGGCACUGGAAAACUACACGUUUUUGCCAUUCAGCGUGUUUCUUGCCAUAUUCUGGACCUUCACAUACAAAAAGGUGCCUGAAACGAAGAACAAAACGUUCGAGGAGAUCUUGGCUCUGUUCAGACAAGGCAAUGGGAGGGGCGGUCUACGGGAAAGUAGAUUGUAUGGGAGCAUGCUUAACUGUGUAAAUGCGUUAGAGGAACGCAUGAUGCAGGCCGAUCCCGGGGCCUCUAUUUUUGACAGCAAGCCACUUCCUGACUCAUCUGUCUGCGAGCGCUCUUCUCGAGAGCUCGGCCAAAGUGCAGCACGCAGACCCCGAGCAGCCCGCCAAGCACGGUGCCGUUCGGCCGGGCUGGUUCCUCCCCCAUCCUUCCGCACGCCGGCGGUCUGACAUUCGGCGCCACCUCGACCACCUAGUCCCCCUCCCCUGCUGCACGCGGCGUCGAUGCUGCUGCUGCUGUCGCCGCCGAGUCUCGAGACGCAGCUGCGCCAGCUGAUCGCGCGCAGGAGCAAGGCCUGCGCCCAGUACCUGAGGAACAGCGUCAGACGUCGUCCUGCUCCCCCUCCCCUCCAUCCCUGGACCACCGCCACGCUUGAAUUCGCUGCUCAGCACCACCCCUCGACCUCGGCCGGCGCUCACAUUCUGGCCGCCUGACGCACCGCAAAGAGAGAGAGAAUCGGCCACACUGUGACGCCCCCCGACACACGAAAAUACGCAGUUAUUUUUACAAACGCGACGACGCACGUUAUUAUGUGUACUUGCUAAAAAAAGAGAAAACCACGUAUAUGGUAUUAUAUAAAACGCUAGCUAAAUCAAAACUCUAAAAUCCGCUCACUGAAGCCAUCCAUUUGCUUGUAAACGAGGAAAACGACGAUUUGUAAAAGACACGUCUUCAACGACAAUCUAAAAACGAGAAACUUAAAAAUCCGUUUUCAUCUCACCCUGUUUUAGUUCUCUGUACACACACACACGCACAACAUAUUGUUUUGCCUCAUACUGCUCUAUAACAUAUGAUUAUUAUGAUUUGUAUGCUCUAUACACACACAUCCUGUCCUAUCUUGUUUUGAAUUCUGUCAGACUCGGCAUGUUUCGUGUUGAAUUACAUGCAAGAGAAAGAGAGAGACGAGAAUUGAAUGAGUACGCGGUAUGCUGUGACAGCAUUCGCGAAGACGAUGUGAGUGGGUGUUUCAUUUAUAUAUAUAUAUUAACAGAAGCAUAUAUAUAGUUGAAGUGAAAACCAUUUAAAAAUUUAAGAGAGAGGAGCCGCAAGCCGGCCCGCGCGACGUAAAUUAGUCGUCUUUAUAGUCUAAUUUACGCGGAUGUAUAAUAUAUUAUUCUAAUGGAAUCUCACUGCCAAAUAUUUAAAACGGCGACGCUAUUGGUGCGCUCCCGGCCGCCAUCUUGGAGGCGGCGGCGGCGUCGCUCGAACGGUCAUACACAACGUCGCAGCCGCGGACGCUGGCGACAAGCUCAAUUUUUAAAUUUAGAGAACACGAACAAAAGAAACUAUAACCUACUGAUCAAGGCUCGAGGAAAGGAUUCAAUUAUUAUGAUUGUACGAUAAAAAAAAAAAAACAAACACACACACACAAACACACACGACUCGUGUUAGUCUGUCUAGGUGACAAAAAUGAGAAAAUCAAAAUUGAACAAACACAUACACUUACACAACACAAGCAAAAAUCUCUCUCUCUUUGGAAAAGGAACAGUAGCGCAGCGUUGAGCGAAAUAUAUUAAUAUAAAGGAUUUAUAGACACUCACGUAUAUACAUACAUACUUAUAUUGUUUGCAUAUGCAACAGAGGUGUACACUGUCUGUUAUGAUUUGGCUUCGCAGUAGAACACAGGCCGAAGACGCGAGCAGUCUGCGCGGCGGCGGCGGCGGCGAGGAGCCGCUGGUGGCGCCUGUGUACUGCGUCAGGGCCCGAUGGCGCUUUCCACGCAUUCCCGGCGGAGGGCCGUGCGGAUGAACCACCACCCCCACCACCCAGCACCGACCCCACUCGUCGACAUGGACCAAAGUGAAUUACCAGCACACUAGUAGUGACUAAUCCGACACGAUAAUAAAUUUAAACGAACUGUGCGGCACAGCCGAGACUUGCUGAGAGACACGCAGUGUGCGCGCGCGACCAGUGACUGAUUUGUGGAAAGAAAGUUUGCUCAUAAACACGAAUGGUUUCUUACUUAAACUGCGAUCGGUAGCGAACUCGAUGAUAUACAUUAUAGCAGUGCAUCUAAAAGGGAAAAUCUAAAAUUAAUUAAUCUAACAAAAACACUCUCACACUGACACAGCAAGGAAAACAAAUUGCCUUCUUAAAAAAUACACUACACCUAACCAGACACUUUAACAAUUUCGUUCGAUUCGUAAGGACGGUGCCACCAGCACCACCACGCAAGAAGUGCCGGUUCGCCAUCCUUACUCGUCACUCUUCUGCGCGGAGGGUGAGCAAAAAAUUAGUCACACAAAUUAGCUUGUAAUUAGAGUACUUGUAUUCAGAGUCACGAAGAUUAUCAAACCGACGCGCAGAUCCACGCCCUUAUCUUUUCUCAAGUUAAAUGCGUUUUCGUUAGGGGUUCUGUGUUGCAAUAAUUCAAGCAAUCCGCGUCGCAGUUGGUGUCAAACCAAAGCGCAUGAGUUGAUCCACAACAUAAGUUGAAACCGUGACCGCGGGAACCGGUGUCUGCCUGUCUGGGAAGAAAACUACAGCUGGAGCAGGCGACACUAGAGACAUCUAGCGAGAUCACUCACACAGUUCGAGCAGUCACGUGACUCAAUCCCAUCAUCUCAUUGGCUAAUAAGAGUAGGCACGCACAUCUCUUCUUGCUUCUCGCUUCCACUCCCACUCCCUCCAAGCAGUGGAGCGCAUGUCACACUCCUCAGAGUGGGGCGCAAUUGCAAGAGGAGGGAGAAGCAGGAAACGAAAAAGCCUGCUCUAAACCAAUGGAAUCACGGGAUUGAGUCACGUGAAUGCUCAAACUGCAUAUGCUUCUCGGGAAGAUGUCUCUACUGUCGCAUGCUCCAGCGGUAGCCUUCUUUCUAGACACAUUUGAAACGCGAAUUUCUCUGUUGUUUUAUUUCCUGCGGUCAUGGUUUUGACAUAUGUUGUAGAUCAGCUCGUGCUCUUUCGUUUGACCCCAAUUGCGACGCGAUUGCUUCAUUAAUUCCAACACAGAGCCCCUAACCAAAAACUCAUUUAACAUUGGAAAGGAUAUUGAAGUGGAUCUGCGCGUCUGUCCGCCAAUCCGCGCGACUCUGAAUAUAAGGACUGUACUUGUAAUCACCGCGCUGAUUUACCGGUCGAAAUGCUCAUUACAGAAAAACUUUUAAACCGCGAGUAUUAUGAAUUAAAAUUAUUAUUCUUACUGUAACGCGACAAACGAGUGUAAAUAGAGGCAAAAGAAGGAGCGGCGGACUCGCCUCCCCGACGUUUAUAUCAAUCCAAUGCAUAAUUACUAAUUAUUUAAGAUUUCUCAACUAACGGUGAAGAAAGUUUUUAAUAGAUUCACACUCACACAGGGGAGUUAUUGACACACAAACACACACACACACACUUACACGACACACACACACACACACGAGACACAGAGUAUAGGGCAAAUGCUAGACAAGAGUAGCGAUCGAAAAAAGAUUUCUGGGACUGUCACACACAAAACACACACACACGCGUCUCUCGACAUCCGUGACCAUGCACACACACACACUCACACACACAUACAUACACACACCGUAAUUUCACGUGCGUCUCUUACUUAUCGGUUUCGAAGACACGAAGAAAAGAAAAAAACGUAAAUACACACAAAGAAACUCUCUCGCUCUACUACACUGUAGGAUUGCUGCUCUCUAUCUCAAAUCAAAAUUCGGUAUAGAAAAAGGAUAAAAAAGGCUUGUUGCAACCGAGGCGUAGACUCUGCACACACACCCACGUCUUUUUUGUAGAGUAACUAAAAAAAUUGUUUCUCUCUUAAGUGCAAACGUGAAAUGGACGAAGAGUUGAGAACAAAAAAGCUGCACACGGAAUAUGCAAUGGGACAAAAUAUAAUUCUAAAUGUAAAUAUACAGAUAUAUAUGCGAACUGCUGCCUGUUUUUUGAGGUAAAAUGGUGAUGAUUAUGAAUGGUAGGGGUUAAAAUGAUAUAUAUGCGACAAAAGAUCAUGCGAUGAUUCUGUGUUUCGAUUGUUGUUGUUCUUUUUUAAUUUAUAGAUGAUGUAUGUAUGCCACUAAGGAUAUAAAUAAUAAUUAUUCUAUCUAGUUCUUGUAUAGAACCAAACUUUUAGAAGUCAAAAAUUUUAGACGAAAGGAGCAGAUUAUUAAACUAACACUAAGAACAUAAAAAACUUUUUGGGAGUACGGACUACGUUCCUCUCUAGUUGAAAAACGCAAGAAAAAUCCAAAAAACGAUGAUCACCUGGGCUUCUUGUAAAAUAUUCUUACAUUUGACGAGUUUCCUUCGAAAAAAAGAGUAAAAGAACAAACCAAAACAUCCAGCAAUUACCGCAAAGAAAAACAACUCUGACACACGAAAAGAUUAAGAAAACGUUUACACACACACUAUAGUUAAAUUAACUAUCGUUUUGGUAUUAUCGUUUUGGACAGGGCCCGCGGCGAAAGGCGCCAAAGUGCGCGCAUUUCCAAAAGGCAAUGGUGCAUUUUGUUACUCGCGCCAUUCGAUCCAAGUUGUUCGCGGUUUCGGCUCAAACGUUCUCCAAUGUGACGGGUUCUGUCAAUUUUAUUAGCUGUUGCGCGAAGAAAAGUGUUAAUCGAAAAAACCAAUAAACUGCUCUGUUGGUAUGUUAAGAGUUGAAUGGAAAAUCUGUAAGUUCCAUGAAUGCAAUAAAAUUCUAUCUCUAUAAAAAAUCAAAA